AUGAAAAUCGGUACGCACAGUGGCAAUUUUCACUGCGAUGAAGCAUUAGCUGUGUCCAUGCUGAAGUUACUGCCCGAAUUUAAAGAUGCGGAAGUGGUAAGAACACGUGAUGAAGCCAUAUUGGUAACAUUCGACCACCACCAGAAUGAAUUCAAUGAAUACUUUGACGAUGACCAUAAGGUCACCCGGCUUAGUUCAGCUGGUCUGGUCUACAAGUACUUUGGGAAGCGUAUAAUUAAGGAGGUGUACGGCUUAACUGAUGAAUCUGAGAUCGAGGAAGUCUAUCAGCAAGUAUACAAAAGUCUCAUAGAAUCUUUGGAUGCAAUUGACAAUGGUGUAGCAAUAGCAGAUGCGCCGCUUAAAUAUGAGAAUUCGACCCAUUUGUCAGCAAGGGUUGGUCGCCUGAACCCAAAUUGGGUGGAACAAGGAGUUGAUGUGGAUGAACGAUUCCGACAGGCAAUGCAGUUGACGUUAUCAGAGUUUGAUAGUUUUGUUAGGAAUUCAAUUCACGUAGAACUUGCUGCUAUGCGCAAAUUUAAGGAUAUAUAUGACGAUCGCUUCAAAUUACAUGAAUCCGGGCGGGUUAUUGAGACGCCACCAGGGAUGCCAUUUUCGGCGAUCUUGUACAAGCUUGAAGAACAUGAAGGAACACCUGUAGAGAAACGUAUUGCAUUCUACAUAACAUAUCAGAGCGCAACACAACAAUGGAGGUGUAGUUGUAUCAAAGAGGCUGACAGUCAGUUCACGUCAAGGGUACCUUUCCCCGAGCGUUUGGGCGGUCUUCGAGGUAAGGAGCUGGAAGAGGCCUCUGGUAUCCCUGGACUUUCUUUUAUACAUAGAGCUAGGUUUACUUGCGGAGGCUCUACCAAGGAGUCCUUGUUGAAAUUGGUUUCUCUUACUCUAAAGGAAUCCCAAACGGCCGUGUAA